AUGGAUCUCAGUAGUGAAUUUGACAUCAAACUGAAGAACUGUUCAGGGACCAGGAUGCCAAGACUGUGUCUCACCUUUAUAAUAGCCAGUUUUCUUAACAGUUCCCUAAUGGCUGACUUGCAGAUACCCACACUGACCUUGAACCCCUUAUACUCUGUGGUCCAACCUGGAGAAGUCCUUCAGUUCAGAUGUAUCACCAACCAAACGGAAACCCCUUCAGAUUUCACUUUGUAUAAAAAUAAUUCCAUUAUAAAAACUCAGUCUGCAGUGGAAAUUACUCUGACUGCUGAUGCGUCAUCUCAGGGCCUGUACAACUGUGACUACAUAUUCAGAUCCUCCCGAUCAUCCAGGAGCAACUUCAUUAACAUUACUGUGGUGAACUUGCAGCAGCCUGAUAUCUCCUUCAGAGCUGAUAAAGGAUGGUUCCAUGGACUAUGGGGCUCUCAUGGACUAGAAGUGAUAAAGGGUUAUGCCUUCUCCAUCAACUGCUUCACUAAACCCCAGUAUCCAGGAGGUUCCUUCAACUUGUUGUUCAAUGGAUUCACCAAAAAACAAACCAAUUUUAACCACUCAGCCAUCUUUCAGUUUCCUGAGGCAGAGUUUGACCAUCAGGGAAACUACAGUUGUACUUAUGAAGUUAGCGUAUCUUCACGUAACUUUACCUCCACCGCCACUGAGCUCCUGGUCAUCACUGUGAAAGCAUCCCCAGUUCCAUAUAUUGCUGUUGGACUGGCAGCAGGAUUUCUUCUCCUCCUAGUUCCAGUCAUCAUUUGCUUUGUGAAGAUGCAAAAAAGACAAAAACUUCAGGUGAAUUCUUCAAAGAAGUAUAAACGUGAGUAAAAAAAAUACAAAUGUUCAAAAAAAUAUUUUGAAACAUUCCACAUUUAGUCCCUGUUUACUGUUUACUGAUUCCAUUCAGCUACAUUGAUGUAAGUCAAGUCAGGUACUGAUGCAGCUGAGAAGGUGAGGAGGCCUGGGGUACAGUCAGCAUGA